AAUCCAUGACAGUAGUUCCCAUUAUCGCAGGCCUUAAACCUUACAGUUGUUCAAGGUGUUUUCGUAUCGGUUGAACAACGCACGCCCUCCUCUCUUCGUUCCUCAGCUUGUCUCUUUGACGCAAUGCUAUAGCGAUGACCUCCAGUCAGAAUCAGUGGCAGUAUCUCAAUAGAAAUAUUCAGCCUGUAGUUUUGAAUAACGAUAUGAGGAGACAUCUUGGUGGAUCGGGGAAUGCCUCACAUGGUGCAGGUGGAAGGGAUCCAACGGGCUUCCCCAACCACCCUUCUUGGAACUCUGCCCAACUGCCACCAACACCUCAGCCCUUUGCGGGACAGAGCGGUUACUCUGUCUACGCCCAAGGACCACAGGUCGAUCCCCGAGCUUUAUCUCAUCUUUAUCCUCCGUCCUACCCGCAAAGUACUCCAAGGACUAUCAAAGACCCAGAAUUCAGCUCUGCCUCAGAGCCGAGUCAGCCUACUCAAAUCAUAUCCGGUGGAUAUAUACCUGGGUAUUCAUCCCAUGGUGGACAACGAUCAUUGGGCAUCGAAAGCGACAGCCUCAGUGGUAUAGGCUCCGGAUUUGGAAUCAAUGGAGACACCGCAUUGCAUUACAAGACACAGGAACCUAGUGCAGCUCACGCACCAAGUUAUGAAUCACGUCGUCGCUCGCAUCCGGAUUCUCAUCCUGUUCCCGCAUACCGUAUCGAGGGACAGAAUGACGAGAUAGAAGAUACCCUUGAUCGUCGCUACCGAAUCCAACAGAAUAGUUUCUUCAAAGUCGGCAGGGUUUUCUCACUUCUCUGGCAUGAAAAUGUUGGGCGAAAUGGCACUCUGUUAACCCAGAGAAAUAUCCCAGUAUCGAUUGGGAGAUAUAACGAGAAGAUAUAUAGUAGCAUUCGGCGCAUGGUGGUUGUGAAACAACAAGAUAAAUGUUCAUGGUGCAUCCCUGUGAGCACUUACUCUGGACAAGGCUUAUCCAAGCCAGGUGUAGAUGUAUCAAAACACGCCAUCAUUUACAUGCAAGGCUAUAAACCGAUAACUAGCUCCGAUGAGCCUCUAAUACCCAAGAGGCCUCUGGAGGUUCAACCAGCCUCGCCCGAUCAGAAAUUAGAGCCCAUGUCACGCUUGAAUUUCGGCAAGGUUUAUACCGUCGAGCAUAAUGUCAAAGUUCUUCACGUUGGAAAGAUUGCCCCAGCAUCAAUGGAUGAUUUUAGGGCUUAUGUUAAAAAAGAGUUCGACUUCGGUCACUGAGAACUGUCCAGAAAGGACUCAAUCUUGGAUAUGGCCAUUCUUUCGAACUUGCAGCCCCAUCAGAGUCGACUCUUAGCCGAGGCUAUUGUCUUUGCUACUCGAACAUCAUACGUGACUUUCAGGUAGAAACUGGAUUUCUGCCAUUUACGGAACAUAUCUCCCACCUGCAUCUUAUCCGGAUGAUGGGUCGGUAGACUUUCUUUUCAUUUCUGCUUCGAAUACGCAU